ACUCUCUUCACCAUCACUUUUCCAAACUCACAUAAUUUCCACAACUCUCACUCAUCAUCUUCAAUUAAUUUUUUUCUUCAACCUAUAUACUAGCACAUCAAUUUCAUAUGUACAAAUAAUAUACUCAUGAAGCUUCUUAGUAAACAUAUUUACAUCUUGUUGUUUCUUUUUAGUUUAAUUUCAAGGUCACAAGGCUAUACAUUUUAUGCUGGUGGAAAAGAUGGAUGGGUGUUGAACCCUUCUGAAAGUUACAAUCAAUGGACAGGGAGGAAUAGGUUCCAAGUCAAUGAUAUUCUUGUUUUUAAGUACAAGAAGGAGUCAAACUCAGUGUUGGUGGUGAACAAAGAGGAUUAUGAUAAGUGUAACAAGGAGAAUCCAAUCAAGAAAUUUGAAGAUGGUGAUUCUGAGUUUCAGUUAGAUAGAUCUGGUCCUUUUUAUUUCAUAAGUGGAAAAGAUCAUAAUUGUGAGAAUGGUCAAAAGUUAAUUGUUGUGGUCUUGGCUGUAAGACAAACUCCUCCUAAGCUUCCUACACCUCCUUAUGUUCCAAUUACACCUCCAAAAACACCAUCUCCUAGUUAUACACCACCCAAUGUUCCUUACACACCCCCUAAAAAUACUCCUUCACCUUCUAAUCAACCGCCCUAUGUACCAAUAACACCUCCAAAAACACCUUCUCCUGUUUACAACCCUCCUAAUGUUCCUUAUACUCCUCCUAAAGCACCAUCUCCUAAAAAUGAACCACCAUAUAUACCAAUAACACCUCCUAAGACUCCUUCUCCUAUACACACUCCUCCUAGUGUUCCUUAUACUCCUCCAAAAGCCCCUUCGCCGGGAAAUGAACCACCAUAUAUACCAAUAAUACCUCCUAAGACUCCUUCUCCUAUAUACACUCCUCCUAGUGUUCCUUAUACUCCUCCAAAAGCCCCUUCGCCGAGAAAUGAACCACCAUAUAUACCAAUAACACCUCCCAAAACUCCUUCUCCAAUUCACACUCCUCCUAGUGUUCCUUAUACUCCUCCAAAAACCCCUUCGCCGAGAAAUGAACCACCAUAUACACCAAUUACACCUCCAAAAACACCUUCUCCCACUCACACCCCUCCUAAUGUUCCAUAUACUCCUCCAAAAGCACCUUCUCCUGGAAAUGAACCACCCUAUACACCAAUUACACCUCCGAAGACACCUUCUCCCACUCACACCCCUCCUAAUGUUCCAUAUACUCCUCCAAAAUCACCUUCACCUGGAAAUGAACCACCCUAUACACCAAUUGCACCUCCAAAAACGCCUUCUCCCACUCACUCCCCUCCUAAUGUUCCAUAUACUCCUCCGAAAUCACCUUCGCCUAUUCACACCCCUCCUAAUGCUCCAUAUAAUCCUCCAAAAACACCUGCCCCUGGCAAUCAACCACCUUAUGUACCAAUUACACCACCAAACACUCCUUCUCCUAUUCACACCCCACCAAAUCAUCCCUACACUCCUCCAAAAGCUCCUUCUCCCAGCAAUCACCCACCUUAUGUUCCAGCAGUACCACCAAAAACACCCUCUCCUACUUACCAUCCUAUUCCUCCUAGUAAUAUUCCAUACACUCCCCCAAAAGCUCCUUCCCCUAAAAAUGAACCACCAUAUACACCAAUUCCUCCUAAAACCCCUUCUCCAAUCUCUCAACCACCCUAUGUACCAACUACACCACCAAAAUCACCUUCUCCUAAUCACAAUUCUCCUAAUGUUCCUUACACACCUCCAAUAACUCCUUCCCCUAGCAGCCACCCUCCCAAUGUUCCUACACCACCAAAAACCCCUUCUCCAAUUUCUCAACCUCCAUAUGUUCCAACACCUCCAAACACUCCUUCUCCAACAUCAUCACAAGCACCUUAUAUUCAAACACCACCAAUCACUUCUUCACCAAGAUCACAACCACCAUACAUACAAACACCUCCAAACUCCCCUUCUUCACCAACAUCACAACCACCAUACAUUUCAGCCCCUCCAAAAAGUACUCCAUCUCCAUCUUCUCAAACACCUCCAGGUGUUCAUUCACCAAUUUCACAACCUCCAUAUAUUCAAACACCCCCAAACUCUCAUUCACCAACAUCUCAACCACCUUACAUUCAAACUCCUUCAUCUUCCCAAUCACCUCAAAUAUCCUCUCAGCCUCCAUCGAUAGCAGAUACACCAUAUGGAAAUGGAAUAGCACCAUCUCCUCUAUCUCCAUACCCAUCAAACAAUUUUCCAUCACCAUCAACUUCACCUCUAGCGAGUUCCCCAAUAUCAACCCCUGCUUCACCACCGGCUCCCACUCCAGCAAGCUCGCCGAUAUCAACAACUACUUCACCUCCUGCUCCCACUCCAGCAGGUUCCCCAGUGACAACCACUGCUCCAGCAGCAUCUCCUGCAGGAUCCGUUCCGGCAGCAACAACUCCGUCACCUUCAUCCACAACCCCUGGAACACGAGGAACACCGUCAUCUACCAUCACAGGAAGUCCAUCACCGACAUCAUCGAAUGAAACAGCGCCAGGGAAGUCAGCUGGAGUGUCGUAUGCAAAUCCGUCGGGGGUAUGGGCUUACUUCAUUACAAUUUUGGUCGGUGUUGUUACUAUUCUUGGAUAGAAAAAUCAAACAUGUUACUGUUAUUAUUAUAUAAUUAUUAUUUUACUUUUCAAUUUUCAUAUAUGUAUAUUGGUGAACAUUUUUGUUCUGUAAGUGUUGUUGGACAUAAUUAAGAGGUAUUUAUCUCGUAAUUAAUAUUAUGUAUAAUAUGUGUAUUUUAUAAGUUUA